AUGGGAAAGAAAGUUAGGGAUUUCAAUAAAGUCAAGGUAAAGUUGGGCAGAACGUUGAAGCGGCAAAGGGAGACGGUGGUUGAUCUUUCAAAAAAGAAGAUUCUUUUACCUAAAGAGAAGACUUUUGUUGAUUAUAGCAUCCGAAGAGAACCCAAUAUCGUCAUUUAUGAGCACAUGAAAAAGCUUCAAGUGUCUAGUGAGACGUUUCAGUUGUCGGCGCUGUCUUGUAUUCAGUCGAUUCUCUCGCCCUAUGUUGCGCAGAUAAAGGCAGAUUGGAAAGCUCAACCCUUAGUGUGUUAUAAUGAAAAGUCUGUUGAGUCGCUUAACAAUUUGUUUGGUUCUGACUAUUCCCAAAAUGAUGUCGCCCUUCAGUUCGGUGACUUGCUUCAGUCCCUCGAUCGACUUUCUCGACAUUCAACAAGUGUUAAACUUCCUCUCGAAACUGCUAGGUUGUGCUCAAUGAUCGCCACGAUUUUUUCAGUUCAUCCACGUAUUCAUUGCGCAUUAACUUGCCUCGAUAAUAUCGCUUUAUCACUUAUGCACCGGCCGGAGUUUUGGUAUCGAAACGCUGGUGUAAAGAUUCUCGGUGACUUAGCGGAUUCGCGUCACAGAGUAAUAACCUCUUUAGCUUGCAGCGCUCAUGUUUCAGUUCCAUUCCCAUGGUUUGAUAGUCUUUGUGAGUUCAUUGACGCAAAUAAUCAUUCCAUUCGCAAGAGCAUCUAUGCACGCCUCCUCAUUCGUCAUUUUGGGUCCCUACAUGAGAAUGUGGCAUUUGAUACCAUUAGCUCCCGCAAAACGCUUUUAAUGUCUACAAUGAAGUACUUGAGGGACAUUCAGUACACCACCUUCAUGACACCGGUUGUAUCAAUGCACUCUUCUUCCUGUAUCAAACUUCACCCAUUCCUUUCUCCUGUGCAACUAUGUCUGCCUCUCGAAGAGACAUCUCAACCUGCGGCGCCAACUGACGCAGGCCUACGUUCUGUCUGGAUGUUAUUCUCUUCCAAUCCUAUUUUCGAUAAGCUAUCCAAGGCAUCAGUCAUAAAACAGACUAAAAAUACAGCCAAAGGAAGGCCUCUAUCCCUAGAAAAUAGUUUGCUACCUAAAAUUGAGGAGGAUUCUUUGCUUGAAUGGACUCUGAUCAGUUGUGUGCUGAGAGAGGGGCAUCGUCUUCUCGAUGAACUAGUGCAUUCACCAGAUACUGAAACUGUUUUUGGAAUCGUCUUUACCACUCGGUGCUUGCGAGCCUUCCUAGAGAUGAAUUCACCGUUUGCUUCUUUUCCUUACUCAUCCGCUUCGACACCAUCCAUCGCAAGCUUCAAGUCACAAGUUCUGUUUCGUAGCCUUCCAGACGUUGGGAAGUCACUGGUUAAAUUUACCGAGCACCUGUGUGAGCUCAUACCUCCUGACAGUGCGGGCGACACUCUUGUGCCGGAGAACAAGUCGGCGGUCAGCAACGUUGGGGAUGGUGCCUAUCUCUCCCGCAAACGGCUUAAGCGGGCCUCUAAACGCGCUGCCAAAUUGGUACGACGGCAGAAUGCUGCUGACCUAAGACGAGGAGAUGACGUAUUAGUUAAGCACUCAAAAGACCCAGUAGUUGCUGAUCGACUAGGCAGACCUGAGGUUCUGGCUCAUCUCCUGAAACAGCAUACACUUCAGUUGGUGUGGAGUCUUGCAGCCGAUGGUGCUUUGGAGCAAACUUCGAUGAAAGGUUUUUCAAGGUCUCUUGCUGCCUUCCUCCUUGCUACGAAAGUAAUGGAAGGUGAUGAGGAUUCACUGCCCCCUUUAAACUUCCUUCAUCUAGUCAGUCCGGCUCUAUCCUGGCGGUGGAUUCACUGCCUUGAUUUCUGUCUCCUAUACAACUUGCGAAUCCGACGUCUCUCUCUAGGCUCUGUUUCAUUGGCCUGUUUUGUGGCCCCAGUGAUCGUUGCACUUGGCUACAUCGUACAUCGAUGGUGUCGUCGCCAGCAAUCGUCUACAUCCUGUCGACUGCCCAACGCGGUCAUACCUCGUGUUCCCCGGCUGGUAGUGCGGAGCGCAGGCCUUCUGGUCACCUUCCUCCAUCACGAGUUGAGGGAACAACUCUGGUCCGGUCGUGCCUCCUUCUUCUCUCCUCAAACAGCUUCUGCUUCAAUUGAAACUCCUCAGUCCCAUUUUCUGCAGUACGACUCUGAGUGGAUACGUGCCACUCUGAAGGACCUAAAUGUGGAUUCGCCGUUCCCCGGGUCGGAGGACCUGUUCUCUAUUCUUACAACAGACUUAUGUAAUCUCGUGGAGGCGGAGUCGUUUGAGCCAGAUGGCUGUAAGGCUCGAUGGGUAUGGGCUGCCGCCUGUCUCAGCAGCCUCGCUGAAAUCAAGUACGUGAAGGUGCAGGAGAGGCUAGAGCGGUCUUCGGUGUUGUCCGAGGCUGUGAAGCUUCUCAAAGGCUGGACAUCCAGAACGGAGGCUCUGGAUGACCCUCUAGUGUACCUGCCCUGUCCAGAGACUGGCAACUACCUGUCUGUAAGGUCGUGGAAGUGCCUCUCGGUUGAGCGUAUUUAUUCUCAAGACACGACAUCAAGUUGA